AAUGCAUCGUUUCGUCCUCCCAUCGAGGUCAAUGACCUCCUCGGUCCGGCCAUUUUCCCCGCACCAACACUCGGGUUGCCAGCGCACCACGCUGAUGGCAGUGCCUCGACAGUCCGCUCCGUCUUCGAAUCGAACGCCGCGGGUUCUUCCAAUCACCCAGGCUUUAUAAAGGAGGCCGGCCUCCAGCGCGGCCUUACCUUCCUCUCCGUUCUCCUUCUCCCUUGGUUGCGCGCGGUCCCUUGGUUUGCUCUUUAGGCGUCUCGCGUUGUUACCAUGUUCUCCAAGUCACUCCUUCUUUCCCUCCCACUCAUUUCUGGCGCGUUUGCCGCGACUGCCGAGGACUGGCGUAAGCGCUCGAUUUACGAGCUCGUGACCGACCGCUUCGCGCGCACGGAUGGCAGCACUACCGCGCCGUGCAACACGGGCGACCGUGUUUUCUGCGGCGGGACGUGGCAGGGGCUGACCAACCACCUUGACUACAUCAAGAAUAUGGGAUUCACGGCCGUAUGGAUCAGCCCUAUUACGAUGCAGAUUUACGGGAACACGCACUCGGGCGAGGCUUACCAUGGUUACUGGCCGAAGGACUACUAUCAGCUGAACCCGAACUUCGGUACGGCGGACGACCUGAGGAACCUUGCGAAGGCCCUGCACGACCGCGGCAUGUACCUCAUGGUCGACCUCGUCGUAAACCACUACGCCAGCUGGGGCGACGAGGACAUCCAAUGGUCGCAAUACGUCCCCUUCAACGACCAAAAGUACUUCCACGACAAGUGCUGGAUCAACUGGAACAACCAGCAGUCUAUUGAGGAUUGCUGGAUGGGUGACGGCUACGUGCCCCUUCCGGACUUGGACACGGAGAAUGACUACGUCGUCUCGACCCUCGAGAAAUACGUCGGCGAGCUCGUCUCGAACUACUCAAUCGACGGCCUCCGCCUCGACGCGACGAAGAACAUCCGCAAGGACUUCUGGCCCGGCUUCUGUAGCGCUGCAGGCGUGUACUGCCAGGGAGAGGUCUGGACGGCCGACGUCAAUCAAUUCUGCCCAUGGCAAGAUUACAUGGCCGGUCUUCACAACUACCCGAUGCAUGACUACACUGUCAGCGCCUUCAGUUGGCACAAGGGUGACGUGAACGCACUAGCCAACACGCUGAACGCGCUUACCAACCAGUGCGCUGAUGUCGGUCUCCUCGGGUCCUUCACCGAGAACCACGACAACCCUCGCAUGGGCAGCGUGACCAACGACCUGUCUCAGCGGAAGUCGCUCGCCGCUAUGACCAUCCUUUCCGGCAACGGUAUCCCCAUCGUCUACUACGGCCAGGAGCAGAUCUUCGACGCAAAGAAAGACCCGGACAACCGCGAGGCGCUCUGGCUCUCCGGCUACGCGACCGGCGGCGACAAGCUCUACGACUACUUCGCGCAGCUCAACGGCCUCCGCAACUGGCUCGUGUGGAACAUCCCCGAGGGCGACUACCUCACCGCGAAGCCGUCCUACUCCGUGUACGACACGCACACGCUCGUCGCGUCCAAGGGCGUCACGAAGGUGCUCGUGAGCAACAUGGGCGCCAGCGUCGACGGCAGCGUCGCGACGUCGGGCUGGUCGGCGGGCGAGGACGUCGUCGAUGCGCUGAGCUGCAACACCUACACUGCGGACUCGCAGGGCAAGGCGACGAUUUCAAUGAAGUUGUCCCUGCCGGCGGCGGUCCUGCCCAAGUCCUCCCUCGGCGGCUCUGGCAUCUGUGGUCUGUAAGGAGAGUGCUUCGUUCAAUCUUCUUGUUCAUGGACUUGUAUCCCUAUGGACUUCGUGCACAUACGGACUUGGGUUUUCUUCACUGCUUUCUGGUUGUCCGGUGCUUUCGUUUACUGAUCGCUGUAUGUACCUGGUUGGCUACCGUGCUGCGAUGGGACAAUGUAUAUGUUGGAAAGCUCUGUGCGCGCAAUGGGUGUACGGACGUGACCUCCGGAAGAUCACUUGUGGGUCCCG